UCUUGCCUCCUCGUCGCAACUUCGACAAGAACUGAAAACUUUACUCGUCGAUCUACCGGCUCUGUGAGUUUAAGUGGUUUUUAACUGUCAUCGACAUGGCUAAAUGGGGCGAAGGUGAUCCGAGGUGGAUCGUAGAAGAGAGAGCUGAUGCUAAAAAUGUGAAUAAUUGGCACUGGACAGAGAAAAAUGCAACUCCUUGGUCCAAGGAAAGAUUGAAGACACUUUUAAAGGAUUUAGAAAUCGAAACAGAUAAAGGAAAAGUCAAGAUAACUGAUGUUCGAAAAAUUGAUGGUGAAGCUUAUGCCAACAACAGAAAAGCAAAAUUGAUAUUUUUCUAUGAAUGGGUAAUAACAUUAGAUUGGUCAGGGACCAUAACAGAUAGUGACAAAGUAUGGAAAGGAAAUAUUGAGAUUCCAAAUCUUAGUGAAGAACACGAUGUAGGGGAAGUAAAUGUGCUGGUUACAACUGAAAAGAGCUCAGAUGAAAGUUAUCAGUUGAAAGAAAUGGUUAGAUCAGUUGGCCCAGAAUUGAUAAGGGAAAAGCUGUCACAAUAUAUCAAAGAACUCAGGCAAGAAUUCAGUCAAGGGAUGAUUCUCCCAUCUAAAGACAGCCCAGUUCUCCAGAGAUCCUCUUCUGAGGCACUCAAGGCUGCAGUUGUUAAUGCUUCUGCUGACUCAGGAGAUGCAAAUAAAAACAAAACUGAUACAGCUCAAGUGGGCUGCCCAAUCUCCACAAAAAAGCUAACCAUGACACAAGAAUUUCUUACAACUGCAGAAGAACUUUAUGCAGCUUUAACAGAACAACAGAGAAUCGAAGCUUUCACUCAAAGCUCAGCAAAAGUGGAUGCAAGUCGUGGAGGAACAUUUGUCCUGUUUAAUGGCAAUGUUACAGGAAAAUUCCAAGAAUUGGUUUCUGAGGAGAAGAUUGUUAUGCAAUGGAGGUACAAAAGUUGGCCUGAAGGUCACCACUCAAAGGUAACGAUCUCUUUGGAUCAGAAAGAUGACCGCACUGAGUUAAAGCUGAUACAGACUGGAAUUCCCGAAGAAGACUUUGAACGUACAAAGGAGGGAUGGAAGCAGUUCUACUGGGGGAACAUGAAACAAACAUUUUGCUGGGGAAUGCGAUACUUCUGACUAGAACUUCUGUAUGAUUUGGCAUUGUUUUACUUUGAACAUGUUAUCGUUACAUGAGAAUGCUGAUAGACAAUACAUGAAAUUAUUUUAUUCUCAUAGUUUGACUUGAAUAGCUUGCAAGCUUGGUAUGGCAUCUUAUCAUUCAAGUUCUGGCCAGCUUUGAGAAUUUUAGUAUUGUCCAUUCAUUUUUUGAAGUAUUUCUAUGUCUUUUCAUGCAGAAAGAAUUAAUUUUUGUAGGAUUCAACAAGUCAUGCAUUUAAUACAGUUACUAUAAAUAUUAAUUUGGGAUGUUAGCUGUGUGAUUUCAUUGUAUGCUGUUAAUCAAUAUUUUUUUGUGAAAAUCUCAGCUAACUCUAACUGUAUACUGUAGCUCUAGAAGAAAGGUUCUGAUUUUGUGUUUUGAAUGGUUUGCAAAAGUAGGAACACCAUUGAAAACUUACAUUUAGUAUAAUUAUUUUUUCUUCCAAACACUGUCAACUGUAUGUUAAACCUUCACAAACCUCUCUUUUAAUGCUGCAGUAAAGGGCUUUGACAGAAAAUAAUUAACAUUUUUAAUUUCUAAAUAUUAAUGUACUUAGUUGUGCAAGUGUUGUACGAGAUAGUUAUGUGAAAAAGUGUAGCAUUACAAAAAUCCCUGCAUGCCAGUUUUAUCUGCUAAGCUGCAUAGCAUUGAGUCACAAUAAAGCAUACAUGUAAAAGU